UUUCUCAUAGUGCCAUUUGUGAUCAACCAGGAUCAACAUAUUCACAACAUUGGCAGGAACUCGAGUUUCCCUUCUCCUUUUCUUCGCAUGUUGUGCUUCUUGCUUUGUGUUCGGUGCGCAUCUCGGGUCACUGUCUCGCUCUCCGCCCAAGCCUUAGCGGAGCUGCGAAAGUGUAGAUUUUUCAGUGUACGACUAGCCUCUAGACUUCACACUAGCGCACAAGAGCGCACUCAGGGCAGUUCACUGGUCAGAUUCACCCUCUGGAGCGGGGUUAGGUGGUGGAGUGAGUGUCGGGAAGUGUGACCAGAGGUCUGAGGAGUGGCAGGACAAUGCGGUGCAUCGUGAAGGACUGCGAGAACAGCCUGAAAAACUGUCCGCCCGGAGUGACAUUUCACAGAUUCCCGCAAGAUGUUAGGCUGUCGCGCAAGUGGAAGAUUCUCAUCGACGUGGGCCCCAAUUACAUGUGCAAGGAGAAGGAUCGGGUGUGCAGCGACCACUUCCUGGAAGAGAACUUCGAGUACAGGCGGUUCAGAGACAAAUUCAAGAAGUACCUGAGGACCAACUCUACGCCACAGCCGCUCUUUGACAUGCACCUGGACGAGUACAGAAUGCAGAUGCUGGAGAAUGAGGAGCUCUAUCCGUACGUGGAGGAGAACUUCGUCACAGAACCGAUGCCUGAGCCUCCCAUCGCUGUGGGGAUGGGAAAUGGUCAAAUGUAUGCGCAGCAGAGCAAUCAGCAGCACACGAGCAGGAAUAUCUAUGCUGCCGGAAGCAGUUCUCAAGGAUUCGCUAGCAAUGCUCCGAAGCGAUCCUUGCCCUUCACCGAUCCUGCUGCGCUGCCGAAGAAGCUGCGACCGUCGAAUUCUCACACAAUCACCCAAUCUAUGAUGCAGCCUGUGGAUGAGACCACAGCACUGAAUGUGGAGUGUGAGAUUGAGCUGGAGAAGGUGAAGAUUGAGAGCCUGAGCGAGUUGUUGUCGGAGUUGAAGGAGAAGAACUACAUCAGUGAGGACAUUGCGGAGGUGCUGAAGGACACAAUUGGCUUCAAUGAGGAUCUCUUCGAUGACUCCAUCAAGAUACUGGACUUCAAGGAGAUCCCGGAGAGCUUCCAGCCAGUAAUGAAGGAUUUCGCACUCACGCUGGACUUCUAUGCGCCCAAAGCAUAUCGCUACAUUUUGAGUGAGUACAAGAGCUUCCUGCCGUCGCCGAGGGACUUCGCGGCGUGGUAUAGGAGCAGCGAGGCGGAUCCGGGAUUCACGCAGGAGUGUCUGGACACGAUAUCGGAGCUGGUGAAGAGUGAGGCGGAGCAGGGAUUGAAUGUGUUGUGCCAGUUGACGUUCGAUGAGAAGGAGAUCUGGCCGCAAGUACAGAAGAUUGGGGACAAGACGUAUGGCUACUGCACCACGACGACGGCUGACAAGCCGUCGAAUGAUGUGGCGACGAAGGUGCUGCUGUUCAUGCUGGUGGACAUGAAUGGGGCGUGGAAGAUGCCAAUUGGAUACUUCCCGAUGACGCACUUGAGCUGCGACAUGCGACAGAAUCUGAUCGAGAAGGCGAUAAUCAAUGCCGAAGACACCGGAGCGAAGAUCAUGGGGGUGACUUUCAAGGGGGAUCACGUGAAUUUCUCCACCAUGAAGCUCAUGGGAGCGUCCUUUGCCAUGGACGAGCCCGUGUUCAACAUACGGAUUGGCGAUAGUGGCAAGAGAUACUUCAUCUAUCCGGAUCCCUUUGACAUGAUACAACGAGUGAAGAAUACCUUUGUGUUUGAGAAGUACAUCUUGGAUGGGGAGGGAAAUAUUGUGGAUUAUUCGUACAUUGAGCAACUGUUGCAGCUCUUUGACGAGUGGGAGCCGAACUCCAGCAGCAGCAGCAGCUAUUUUCACAGGAAGAAGGUGAACAUGCACAUUGCGUCGCACUUGCUGAACAAGGCCAUUGCCGAUGCCCUGGAUCACUUCCGUGCCAGCAGUAAUCAGACUUUUGGCGGCUGCGAGGCGACUGGGAGAUUCAUUCGCAUGAUGAGCAACAUCUAUGACAUGCUGAAGAACAACCAGCAAGCCAAUGGUGAGACGAGCAAUACCAUGUUGAUUGGCAAUUUGAAGAGAAUCAAGAGUUUCUGCGACAACGCCCAGAAAUAUCUCUUCGAUUUGUGUCUGUUGUCGAAUGUUCAGGCAUCUUCCGAAGCGGAUGAGAUUCGCUAUACAUUUUCGGAGAAGGAAUCACUGAUUUGUUCCGCCAAGAAGGCUGGCUUCCUGGGAUUGUUGAUCUGUCUGGAGAAUUUGCCGAAGAUUUGCGCAAAGGCAAAGCCAGACAUUGACUCGCAUGGCUUGAAGACGUACUUCCUCAAUCAGGACUCCGUGGAGCAAUUCUAUUGCUCCGUCCGGACAAAUCUCAGCUCCAACACCAGCCCGUCAAUCCUCCAAUUCCGCGAUGCCUACAGGAAGUUGAUCACCUGUGCGCAGAUCAUCAGGGACAACAAGGGGACGUGCAUUGCCGGCACGGAGAGUGUGAAGGUGUUGUUUGUCAAUCCGGCGCGUUGUCUGCAAGUCAUCAAUGGCGUACGCACGGCGAGUGUCUUCGAGACAAUCAAAUACUCAUUCAAGGACGAGGGAGAGUACGAGGAUGUCAUCACGAAGCACUUCCGCACGCACGAUGAGAUCCUCGAUGAGGAGGACUUCAAGGAUAUCUCAUUUAAGCUGGGCGAAAUUGAGCGAGAGAACUCCUCCGCCGGCUCAACGUCUGCAACGUGUCGCAAGAUGCUCGUCAUCUACACCACGGGAUUGCUGGUGAAGAAGCUCCUGACCAAGUCCAAGUGUCAGGACUGCUCGGCGAUAAUUGUGGACGAUUCGGAGGGAAAUGCGAAUGCCAAUCUCUUCGAGCGCUACGGAUUCUUCUAUCCACCCUCGAAGUUUGUCGUGGACGUUUGUGAGUUGACCGAGGAGAUCCUCCAGGGUGAGAUUCAGUAUCUGGGCAUUAAUUUCAUCUACGAGAACAGGCAUGAGAACGAGAUGAUCUCCCAAGUGACGAAGCACUUUGAUUACGAAUGUCUCCACUUUACGCUGAGCAAGUGUCACAAGUACAGCAUGAUUGAGUUGAUUAGUGGACUCUUCCUGAAGGUGAGGAUCUUCCAUGAGUUGAAUAAGAAGUCCGACGAGGCCGACAUGAAGAAUGUGUACAAAAUUUUGGUACAUUUUGAAGAAUUGUGAAUAGAUGAUUGGCAUGUGCGAACUGGAAUUAUGUUCAACCGCAUGUGAGUGUUAUUUAUGAAUAAAUAGUGCUUGAAAAUAGGAUAAUGAAA